GAGUGGGUGACAGUAGAGUUUGUUUGUCAGAACCAGAGGGGAACUUUUAUCCAGGAUGCCUGAGCCAGCUAAAAAAACAGUGUCGGCCUUCACUAAGAAACCCAAGACCUACAUAGGCGUGCUCGGCGUCGCCGCCAUCUUCGAGGCCGAGACCGAGAAGCCCGACGCUAAAGUGCGCUGGCAGAAGGACGGCAAAGACCUCGCCACCAGCGACAAGUAUGAGAUCAAGGCAGAGACCGGCAAGCACUCGCUGACCAUAAAAGAUGUGGCCAUGGAGGACGCAGGGGGUUACUGUGUUAUCGCGGCAGCGUCAAAGGUCAAAUUUGAACUAAAGAUAAAGGAACCGGAAGUGUUGAAGAAGGUGGCUGCCCCUGCUCCAGACCCAGCUCCUGCUCCCGCUGCUGAUGCUGCCCCUCCCCCAGCAGAUGCCCCGGCUGAUGGGGCAGCUCCAGAGCCAGCUGCCCCCACGGAGGCUCCAGCUGCUCCUGAAUCUGGCCCCCCAACUGCCCCUGCCCCAGAGACCAACGGCCACGGCCCGGACCCCAUUACUGACCGGCACCAGUCUUUGGACCCAAAUGCUGAACGGCGAGGAUCUGUGGACACUCGGCAGGACCUUACUGGGCUGUUCACAGAGAAGCCUCAGAGUGCGGAUGUCACAGUGGGUGAGAACAUCACGUUUGUGGCCAAGGUGAACGCUGCCUCCCUCCUGAAGAAACCCACGGUCAAGUGGAUCAAAGGGAAAUGGAUGGACUUGGCCAGCAAGUCCGGCAAACACCUGCAGCUCAAGGAGCUCUAUGACCGCAAUACAAAGGUGUAUACUUUUGAGAUGCAGGUCAUCGCUGCCAAACCCAGCUUUGCCGGAAGCUACAGGUGUGAGGUGACAUCAAGAGACAAGUUUGACAGCUGCAACUUUGACUUGACUGUACAUGAGGCUCGGGCAGCGGAGGAGUUUGAUAUCCGUGCCGCCUUCAGACGCACUAGCGUUGAUGGGAGUGAGGAAGCUGGAGAACUGGACUUCAGCUCAAUCCUCAAGAAAAGCAGCAGUUUUGUAAAAGCUUCGCCGCGGGCCGUGCAAAACGUGAAAGGGUCGGACACUGAUGUCUGGGACAUCCUGCUGAAGGCCGCGCCCACGGAGUACGAGAAGAUCGCCUUCCAGUAUGGCAUCACCGACUUGCGCGGCAUGCUAAAGCGCCUGAAGAAGAUGAAGAAGCCCGAGGAGAAGAAGAGCGCAGCUUUCCUGAGAGGGAUGGACCCUGCCUACCAGGUGGAGAAGGGACAUAAGAUCAAACUGGCUGUCGAGGUGGCCGACCCCAAUGCUGAGGUCAAAUGGCUGAAGAACGGUCAGCCCAUCCAACAAUCAGGAAGCAAGUACAUCUUUGAGAGUGUGGGAAACAUGCGGUACCUGACCAUCAAUCACUGCUCAUUGGCAGACGAUGCUGCUUACACCUGCCUAAUUGGAGAAGAGAAGACUGUCACUGAGCUCUUUGUUAAAGAGCCUCCGGUGACCAUUCUCCAGAACCUGGAGGACCAGAUGGCGAUGAAGGGGGAGAGGGUGGAGUUUAUGUGUGAGGUGUCCGAGGAGGGAGCCACCGUCAAAUGGGAGAAGGACGGCGUCGAGUUGACCCGUGACGAGUCCUUCAAGUACCGCUUCAAGAAGGAUGGACACAAGCACUACCUCAUUAUCAAUGAGGCCACCAAGGAGGAUUGUGGCAACUACCGCGUCAAGACCAAUGGAGGCGAAUCAGUGGCUGAGCUCAUGGUGCAAGAGAAGGAGCUGGAGGUGUACCAGAGCAUCGCUGACCUGACGGUCAAGGCCAAGGACCAGGCCGUGUUCAAGUGUGAGGUGUCGGAUGAGAACGUCAAGGGCACCUGGUUCAGGAACGGAGUGGAGGUGCAGGCCGAUGAACGCACACACAUCACACACAUCGGCAGGAAUCAUAAGCUCACCAUAGAUGACGUGAAGCCGGAGGAUGAGGGAGACUACACAUUUGUCCCGGAGGGUUACGCAUUUAACCUCUCAGCCAAACUUAACUUCCUCGAGGUCAAGAUUGACUACGUGCCUCGCCAGGAUCCUCCAAAGAUCCAUCUGGACACCUGUGGACGGGUCCCAGAGUCCACUAUAGUGGUCGUGGCUGGAAACAAGCUGCGAUUGGACGUGCCAAUCACAGGAGAUCCCGCCCCUACCGUGGUCUGGACAAAGGGUGAGAAGGGUAGGGCCAGAAAGCCGGAGGGGGAGGACACAGAGGAUUCCGUCCGCACAUGGACCACCGGCAAGAACGGGGAAGUGAUCACAGAGGCCACCUCAGAUGGGCGUGUCCACGUGGAGAGCACAAAGGGCCACUGCAUCUUCACCAUCGAGGGGGCGGAGCGUCAGGACGAGGGCGUGUACUCCGUCAUCGUGCGGAAUCCGGCGGGAGAGGACCAGGCUGACAUUACCGUCAAAGUCGUAGAUGUGCCCGAUCCUCCUCAGACUCCCAGAAUCCUCAGCGUUGGGGAGGACUCCUGUGUUGUCCAGUGGGACCCUCCGCUCUUCGAUGGAGGAUCACCAGUCACUGGUUAUGUGCUUGAAAGAAAGAAGAAGAAGAGUUACCGCUGGAUGCGUUUGAACUUUGACCCCCACAAGGACACCACGUAUACAGCCAGGCGGAUGAUUGAGGGCAUGGCGUAUGAGAUCAGGGUGUACGCCGUCAACGCCAUCGGAAUGUCACGCCACAGCAUGCCCUCCCAGCCAUUCGUGCCAGUCGCCCCAACCAGUGAGCCCCUGGGCCUUUGCGUUGAUGACAUCAGUGACACGACCAUCUCACUGAAGUGGAAAGCUCCAGAUAGGCUGGGAUCGGCUGAGCUCGACGGCUACGGGGUCGAGUACUGCAAGGAGGGCACUGAUGAGUGGAUUCCUGCCUUCGAGGGUCUCACUGAACGCACCUCGGUCACCAUCCGUGACCUGCCCACGGGGGAGAGGAUGCAGUUCCGUGUGCGGGCGUACAACUUGGCUGGCCCCAGCUCCCCAGCUAGCCUAGCACAGCCUGUCACCAUCCGAGAGAUUAUGCAACGCCCCAAAAUCUGGAUACCCCGCCAUCUGCGACAGACCCUGGUGAAGAAAGUCGGGGAGACUGUCAACUUGGUGAUUCCCUUCCAGGGCAAACCUCGACCCAAAGUUACCUGGACAAAAGAUGGCGAACCAUUGGAGCCUAAGCAGGCCAGCAUUCGGAACAGCGACGUGGACACCAUCCUCUUCAUCCGUCGGUCAGAACGCAAGGAUUCUGGGAAGUACGAGAUCAAACUUGAGAUCGAGAAUGUGGAGGACAAGGCUGACAUCACCAUUCAGAUCGUUGACUUACCUGGCCCCCCUCUGAACGUGAAGAUUUGUGAGGUGUGGGGAUUCAACGUGGCCCUUGAAUGGAAACCCCCCAAGGACAACGGCAACUGUGACAUCAGCGGCUACACCAUCCAGAAAGCCGACAAGAAAACCAUGGAGUGGUACAACGUCUACGACGGGUACAGACGCACCAACUGUGUGGUGUCGGACCUCAUCAUGGGCAACGAGUAUGUGUUCCGCAUCUACGCCAUCAACAUGGUGGGCAGCAGUCUAGACCCCUGCGCCACCAAAGACAGCGCCUUCAUCCAGAAAACAGGUUUUGUGUACAAACCUCCCUCCUAUAAGGAGCAUGACUUCUCUGAGGCACCCAAGUUCACCCACCCUCUGGUGAACCGCUCUGUCAUCACUGGCUACAAUGUCACCCUCAGCUGUGCCGUUAGGGGCAUCCCCAAGCCCAAAAUCACGUGGUAUAAGAACAAGAUGGACAUCUCCAAUGAGGCCAAGUACCGGAUGUUCAGCAAGCAGGGUGUGCUCACGCUCGAGAUCCGUAAGCCAUGUCCUUUCGACGGUGGCGUCUACAUGUGCAAGGCCGUUAAUGCAAGUGGGGAGGACGUAGUUGAGUGCAAGCUGGAAGUUCGCCCCUUACCCAAGGACGAACCCAAGAAGUGAGACACCUCGGGAGCCCUCUCCUCAUCAUCUGCCCUUUCUCCUGCACCUCUGGGGGGCAUCUUCUACAUUCUGAGAUGGUGCUUGUCAAGCGACACAGCUGAAGGAUUUCAUUGGCUGUCAGACAUCCCCCUGUGUUUUACCGCUCUUUGUGUUUGAUCUCCAUGUUGUGUGUGUGUGUAGCCUAUCGUUAAUCCUAUAGUCACCAUCCUCAACAUUUGUGCAUUAAACAUCCUGUACCAUU